AGUCGGAAACAGUCGUCGCGUAUUAAGUUGCUGCUCUGUGUCCCAGCAGAGGAAGCUAGAGUGCCGAUCGUCCGAUCACCAAUUUGCGCCUUACUAGAUCCACUGGACCAGAAAAGUUUGUGAAUAGGGAGUCCCGAGUUUUGGGAGACCCAGGCUUGCAGCGUAGGGGGACGGAGGAGGCUGGAGGGAGCUCCUACCAUGGAGCCCACUCAGCUUUCAGAUGACCUCAUCCCAAACCAGCAGUCCCCUGCUCCUGAACUUGAGGAUCCUGAGGACCGCAGAGACGAAUCCCCAGACAGCUCAGACACUGUGGUCCUCAGUCUGUUCCCUUGCACUCCAGAGGCUGUGAACCCUGAGUCAGCCAGUGCAUCCUCAUCACAGGGCAGCUUCUUGAAGCACUCAACAACCCUUACAAACCGGCAGCGUGGGAAUGAAGUCUCAGCUCUGCCAGCCACCCUGGAUUCACUGUCCAUCCACCAGCUUGCAGCACAGGGGGAGCUGAGCCAACUGAAGGACCAUCUCCGGAAGGGUGACAACCUGAUCAACAAACCAGAUGAACGUGGCUUCACUCCCCUCAUCUGGGCCUCAGCCUUUGGAGAAAUUGAGACGGUUCGCUUUCUGCUAGAGUGGGGUGCUGACCCCCACAUCCUGGCCAAGGAGAGAGAGAGUGCCCUGUCGCUUGCAAGCAUGGGUGGCUACACGGACAUCGUGAGGCUGUUGCUUGAUCGUGACGUGGACAUCAACAUCUACGACUGGAAUGGAGGGACACCACUACUCUACGCGGUGCGUGGGAACCAUGUCAAGUGUGUAGAGGCCUUGCUGGCCCGUGGCGCUGACCUCACCACAGAGGCCGACUCUGGCUACACCCCAAUGGACCUCGCAGUGGCCUUGGGAUUCCGCAAAGUGCAACAGGUGAUGGAGAACCACAUCCUCCAACUGUUCCAGAGAACUCUGGGGCCUGCUGACCCAGAGUGAAGAUGGCCUGCUGGGGACCCAGGCACUCAGGGAACAAGCCAGGCUGCCCCACAACUGGCUUGAGG